AUGGGACGACGACUUUAUGUUUGUAGUGGAGAACGACCGCAUAUGCCGAGGUCUGCGGUCUCCGUCGGCGUAGGUGGGCGCGUCUCAGCGAAGGCGAUGCGGGGACCCAUCCCGGCAGCAGCUGUCCAACGGCGUACCAGGCAGAGCCUCGUCUCGACGACGCCGGCGCAACGUUUCAUCCGACCAAACGUCCAGCGGAGCCCGCAGUACACUGUGCGCGCGGCACAAGCGCACAGCGCCCUCACCUGGUUUAGCCCGCCGGUCGAGGCGGUUGCCCGGGGUGUGGCCGCUGAGCAGAGCCCAGCUACGUGGAGCCACAGGUGAGAGUUGGGUGCCAGCAAAUGGACGCUAGGCGUAGUCUCACACACACACACACACACACACACACACACACACACACACACACACACUCCGUGCUGACCACAUGGAAACUUUCCAGGUCACGAAUUUUAACACGCGAUAAAUUCAAGCAAUUCAGAUUUAUUAUAGUGUGGAGUAAGAUUAUUCACCAUGGGGAUGGAUUGUCCACUGUCGCUCCACUUUCCCUUGCCUCUCCCCCGCAACAGUCGACUGUCCGAGCCUACCAGUCAUCUUAUGUCAGGAUUAGGUGCGGUGACUGACAGUGCUAGACACCGCCCACGCCUGCCACGGGAGACCUAGUGCCCAUCUCAUGCGCCAGGAUACAACAGGCACAUGCAGGUUCUGACAUGUUUCAUUGCAUCCGCCACACCAGUGACGGCGGUGCGAAACUCCUUCCAGGCUUGAUGCUGGAAGGAGUUUGAAUGCUACGGAUGACGGUGCAUGAUGUUGGGGGGUUUUAUAUGUGGUUUAAGUAUGUGAGGGGAAGGUAAGGCGGGUGCGACGUGUAUGUCGGGGCUCCUGUGACGGGUUCGCAGUCUCAGUACGAUAGACUUCAAAACGACUGACCUAACCUAUACGUAAUAUAAAUGGGCGGUCGCAAAGGGGACAUACUGGGAUUGGACCCACACUGCGGGCCGCGGGGGAGGUGAUGGCUAGCCAGGCGUCGGUAUUGUUCUCACUCGUGUUUGGAGUGGUGGUCGUCACCGUCAGCGUUGUGGCUGUAAUCGCGAUGGUAAUGGUGGUGGUGUUGUUGUUAAUAGCGGUGUAUAUGUCUUCUAAUAUCGGGGGGUUCCGUGUUGUGGAGCAUACGUAUACAUCGUUGGUCACAACGGUCAAUUUGUCUCUGAUUUCCUUUUACCUCCUGCUAUCUUAUUCGGUUCUAUCAUCGCUUCCUUACCUAUCUGGUCGCACAUUACACCUCCGACUUCGUAGAACAACUUUGAACCGACUCAUUGUAGUCGGAAGAUUGAUGAAAUUCAUAAGUAAAAAAUAAAAAUCUAGGGACUUAAGGAGCUGUCCUUUUACAACUGAAGAAGAUAUCUGCUUAUGUGAACUUGUAGUUUACAACAACAACAACAACAACAACAACAACAACAGCAACAACAACAACAAGACUGAUAGAUCCUGGGGAUUUCAAAUUCAUCUCGUUUUUUCGCUUACGGGCGAUAAUGUCGAAAUUGCAUUUACCUUAGAGAGGGUCAAAGAAGUACUUUUCCGUUAACGGACCGAAGGCCACUGCCAGAUAGCAGAAUUCGUUCCAUCUCAACCGGGCGUCUGGAGAACCUUCCAAGCUGAUAGCGGGUUACCUUUUGCAGCGUCUGUCAGCCUAUGACUUCCAAGCUACUAGCAUUCUCGCUAAUUUGAUGGGCUUACGUUAUAGCACAUUUUUUCUCGUCAUUCGCAGAAUGAGACUUUAAACAUUCGACGAAUGCGAUCUACCUAAUGUCUGUUUGUAAGACGUUUUGCUUAUAUUCGCAAUGUUACGUCGAAUCAGAAGAGAUGACUGUUUUGUUAAUUUCUGUGAUUGUCUGUGUGCUUUUUUUGACAAAGGAUAGGUUCUCUUCGGGUCUUUUAGGAUUAAUGACAAUGCACUGAAAAUGACCCACAUAGCUGGAAUUUUUGCCGUUUAUAGGUUUUAUCUGCACAUGCGCAAGGCUGUAAGGUUUGAAUUAUUAUUUGAAGAGUCAGGCCCACUCCUAGUUUAACCCCACACGAGUAAAUCAGCUGGACUGAGAGCAGCCAUGUCAAUGUAACUUGUGAGUGCGGAAGAAUGUAGCUGUUGUUGUCCAGUAUUUUGCGAUCAUUUUGAGAUGCCGGUUGUUGUUACAUGCGUUUUUAUCAGAUGCUAAGCAUGCUGUCACAUGAGUACAAUGAAUGUUAAUGUAGCUGAGAGUUCAGUUAUACCAUACUCGACGGUCCUCUUCAAUGGGACUGAAUGGAAUGCCAUUUACGCCGUACACGGUGUUUUGCAUAACGGAGGUGCGUGCAAACUGUGACUUCUUGAUAUCAUUGAGACUGAUACUGUCCGACAGGCGCCAGCCAAUAUUCCAUGCUGAGGAUACUUUCAUGCCAAACUUGUCGUCCGGGCCUCGACGGUUGCGAGCUUUCAAGUAUUGCGCCCUUAAAACAGAAAAGGUAACAAUAAUCAUUUCGUUGACUUGGCAGAUAACAAUCCACCUGGUUUCUGCCCUUGGCAUGGUAUAUGCAUGUUCACUUUGAGCUUUAGCCGGGAUCUGAUCUCUCUUCAGAAACUAUUUUACUGUUCCCGGCGCGUUCGACUGAAAAAUGGGGCGGCGGGUAAAUGCCUGAAUUUACUUCGCAGUUUUUAGCCUCUGCUUUUCAUAAUAAGACUGACUUUCAUAUCGUUCUUCAGGGUUUUCUAAUGUCUGUGAGAGGUGUGUCCAUCUGAUAAUCGCAAAUACCGUACUCAUGUGAUUUCUCGCUUAUCUUACUUCUUGUUUUACCGAUAAUUCAGCCCAAACGUUCCCCUUCAGAUUCACAUUUUAUGAAUUCAGUCUGUCCUUUGCUUUAACCGACCGCGUAACGUUAUAAGUCGACCCUGCACUCCGGUUUUGAUGCGUGCAUUUGCACUUUGACUACUUAUGCCGUAAAGAUUUGUUUAAGGUGAUCCCCAAACUGGUGAAGCCCAAACUGGAGCAGAGAAUACAGAUAUUAGUCCAAACACGUGAAGUCAACUUAUAUAUCAGUAGUGCGGUGAAUGGGGUGUAGGGGUGUCCAUUUGUGAGUCCACGGGACAGUCGUAGUAGAUCGCUCAAUUGCUUGUAGGUGUAGACUAUGCAUAACGUCCAUUAACUGGCAUCCAACUCUCACAUGUGGCUCCCCGGAGCUAAGCUCUGCCUAGAGGCCACACCCUGCUAACCGCCUCGACCGGCGGGGCGAACCAGGUGAGGGUAUCCGUGUAUGCGUCUCCUAACAAGCUAACUCGACUCCGCUGGCCUGAUGGAUCACCGCCUCGCCAUUUCCGAGAUGAGGCUCCGUCGGAAACACCGUAGGAGGCCAUAAGACAUUCAGAGGAGUAACCGAUAGGAACGGAGGACGGUGCUAGUGGUUCGGAAACUGACGCGCUACAAGAUGCACAUCGCUGCACUCAGUGAGACCCGGUUCUCCGAACAAGACCAAUUGGGUGCCAGCUACACCUUCUGGAGCGUUCGCCUUAGGCAGAGCGACGGAUAGGGGCGCUGGUCCUCACAGAAUCGUCGGCGGCAACGACAGUGGCCUCCUUCUCCUGUGUACCUGCGCGGAACACUGUCUCCUGCUGAAUACCUUCGUCUUCUGCCUGCUGAUGCGGAAGAGGGCCAUCUGAAUGCACCCUCGGUCGCGACAUUGGCACCUGCUGGAAUAUGUCUUCGUCCGAAGGCGAGACCAGCGGGAUGUGCCGGUGACAAAAGCGAUCCCGGGCGCCAACGGAUGAACCAACCAUCGUCUCGUCAUCUCCAAGAUGCGGAUCCGCCUACAGCCCUCAGGAGGCCUCAAUGUAAGCGACCCCCAGGCAAUUUGAAUAUUACUUUGUCGUCUCUGCCUGCUUACCACCUUCAUUUUAGCAACGAACUAACCCAACGGCUAGCCAGCCUUCCAGUCGCCGCCGCCGCCGCUGCCGCUAACGAGAACGCCUCCGUGGAUAACCCAUGGUACCAACAGCGGGAAACAGUCCAGUCGACGGACCGGGACUGGUUUGAUGACAACUACGCCGCCAACAGCAACCUACUCACUGAGAAAAACCGACUGCACAAAGCCUACGUCACCCGCCCCACCGGAGACCACAAUGUAACCUUCUUCCGUAGUCGCCGCCUUGUGCAGCAACAGCUGCGCGAGGUGCAAGACGGCUCGCAAGGCCGAGAAGAUUCAAGGUUACGUGGAUCGCAACGAAUGGAAUAACUUCUUCGACGCGAUCAAGGCUGUCUGCGGUCCGUUAAUCAACGCAAUUGCUCCUUUUCUUAGUGCCGACGGGAGUAUCUUACCUACUAAGAAGCCACAAAUUCUAUAGCGAUGGGGCGAGCACUUCAGAGGCUUUUUCAACCGUCCCUUCACCAUAUCCGACGCCGCCAUCGCCCGCCUGUCACAAGCGGAGACCAACGCCGAUCUCGACCUCCCGCCCUCUCUCCACGAAAUCAUCAAAGCCGUGCAGCAGCUCUUCAGCGGAAAAGCGCCCGGAUAGGACGUGAUCCCUGCUGAGAUCUACAAGCACGAUGGCCUCCACCUUAUGAAUCUCCUGACGGCGCUCUUCCAGGAGAUGUGGCGUCAAGGAUAAGUCCCCCAGGAUUUCAGGGACGUUACAUUCGUGCAUCUAUAUAAGCGGAAAGGUAGUCGCCAGCUCUGCGACAACCAGGGAAACAUCUCUUUUCUAGACAUCACCGGGAAGCUCUUCGCUCGCGCCCUUCUCAAUCGCCUGAACCACCAUCUGGAACAUGGUCUCCUGCCGGAAAGCCGAUGGGACUUUCGUCGUCAACACGGAAUCACUGACAUGAUCUUCGUUGCUCGCCAACUGCAGGAGGAGUGUCAGGAGAUGCCGACCCACCUGUACUCUACCUUCGUGGAUCUGACGAAUGCCUUCGACACGGUGAAUCGUGAAGGACUGGGGAGAUCAUACAGAAAUUUGGUUGUCCGGAUCGAUUCAUUUAGAUGGUGCGUCUGUUCCAUGACGACAUGAUGGCGCAAGUCACAAAAAAUGGCGCUGUCCCAGAGGAUUCGCAGUGGCCAACGGAGUGAAGCAGGGUUGCGUCCUCGCGUCUAGCCUCUUCAGUCUCAUGUUCUCUGCCGUGCUGAUGGAUGCCUGCAGUGACAGCCGCCCCGGGAUCCGUAUCGCCUGCAGAACGGACGGUUUACUGCUCAACCACCGGAGGAUGUAUUUCCACUUAUGUGUAUCCACAACUGCCACCUAUGAACUUUUCUUUGCCGACGACUGCGCACUCAACACCACCUCUGAAGGGGGCAUGCAAAGGAGCAUGGAUGUCUUCUCCUCCGCCUGCGACAACUUCGGCCUGGUCAUCAACACGAAGAACACGGUGGUCAUGCAUCAACCAUCACCCAAUGCUGCCGACGUCGCAAUCCAACUCAACGUGAACGGCGCCCAACUGCGAGUCGUGGAAGACUUCACUUACCUGGGUAGCACCUCUCCCUCACCACCAAGAUCGAUCGUGAAGUUGCCCACCGGAUCUUCAAAGCCAGCCAAGCCUUCGGCAGUCCGCAAUACACCGUCCGGAACAGUUGCGGUCUACAUAUCAACACCGAACUGAAGAUGUAUAAGGCAGUCAUGCUGCCGACGCUGCUGUAUGGAGAGAAGACCUGGAAGGUGUACGAGAAGCAGACGAGAAGAUUCAAUUACUUCCACCUCAGCUAUCUUCGAAAAAUACUGAAGCUGAGGUGGCAGAACCGAAUUCCGGACACGGGUGUGUUGAAGCGGACGAGAAUCCUCAACAUCUACUCCACACUGAGACAAUUACAACCACACUGGAGCGGCCAUCUCGUGCGGAUGGACGACGAGCAGUUACACAAACGACUCUUCUACGGGACAUCGCCACGGGUUCACGCCGACAAGAGGCCAACUCCGCCGCUAUAUGGACGCUGAAAACUUCCCUGAAGCGUCUUCAGAUCAACCCGCCUGGCUGGGAAUACCUAACCCGAGAUCGGCCGACCUGGAGGAGGACGGUGAACACAGGAGCAGCGAUCUACGAGGCCAACCGCAUCACCACCGUCAAAGCCAAAGGUGAGGCUUGCAGAUCUUAA